AUGAGUGCCCCAGUCCCCAGCGAGCCCACCGCAGCUCAGAAACGCGACGCCCUUUCUGCCGCCACCGAAAACCCCCAAGGCUCUUCCGAUGACACCGACACUUUCUCCCUCGACAUCCCCGCUCUCGACUUCAUACGCACAGUCUGGGGCUUUGAUUCCGCAAAACUCCAUCUCGACAAGUGGACCUUCAAACUGCUCCCAGAAUUACUCCUCCGCUACAAGAUCCUGCACAAGAACCCGGAAGCACGACAGGCUUUCUUCGCGGGGCUUUGUGCGCAGGCUAUGAUGGAUUAUAUUUCUGCGAUGAAGAAACUCUGGCUGGAGGACGAGAUACAGCGUGUUUCGUCCGGGUACGUCUUGGAUGAAAGUGGUUCGAAGGCACCGUACAUUCUCGACGAGCGCAGGAAGCCGUUCACCACCGAGCUCAGCAGACUCAUCUUCCCCCGACUACAGGAAGUCAUCGCGGCGGCGAACUUGCCAUCGACCAGGAAGGCCACAGCGAAACAGGCGGACAUGCCUGUGCUCUGGAACAGUGUGCUCGCGUACUUCGUGUACGAGGACAUUGACCCGUUGUCGGGGUCGAGCACACUUCCGACUUCACCUGUGAUGUUUGCGCGUAUAACUACCUCGGAGCCGAUCCCGAUCCCGCGCCGAGGGCCACCACCACCGCCUGAAGCACCAUCUUCGAACAAGAAACAUCGAGCGGCUGCUGACGAAGACUCGGACGAGGAUGACCUUGGCAUUCCACCACGUCAGAAGGAUGAGCGCUCUGGCGAAGACGCCGAAGAGGAGGAGGAAGAGGAGGAUGUCGACUACGAUCGUCUCACGUCUUCGGAGUAUCGCGCUAGACAGCAUAAACGCUACACCCCAGAAAUGCUCGCGGAGCACUACGCCUCCCAGGCCUUCGAGAGCGAAGCCCGCCUUUGGACGAGCGGGGUCAUGAUCAAUGAGUUCACCAUAUCGUUGUGGUACCACGACCGGAUGGGCACUCUGCGCGCUCAGCCUUUCGAUUUCGUCAAGGAGCCGGAGUGCCUGCUCGGUCUCGUCGUGGGCCUCGCGAGUGCGAAAUACGAGAACUUCGGGUUCGAUCCUAUGUUUGUCAGACUCGGCAAACCUGCAGAGGCUGAGGGCAAGGCAAAGGGCAAGGGCAAGGGUAAGGAGAAAGCGACACAGGACGACGAGAUGGAUGUUGACUCGGGCUCGGAAGAGAAACCAGAGUUUACAGAGGCGGACGCUGAGGUGGCCACGGAUCUCGUCCAGUUUUUGUUGAAGAUGAAGAAGUUCAAUGUUGAUCCUACAGGUGGACAUCUGAACAUGGGUCCAAACUCGGUCUGCCUUGGCCGUGUGUUGGAAGAGGACUCGGAUGGGGAGGAUGAUGGAGAUGAGUACGAGUCUCUUUUGUCCUUUCUGGCGAAAGAGGUUGGGCAGGAAGAUAUGGUGGAUAAAAUAGCGUCUCUGGUCAAGGGUUGA